AUGGGCACUACGUCGUCGCAGGCAGUUCCCGCUUCGAGUCACGACUCAGACGCGUCCGUGGCUCAAAACAGCCUCAGACGCGACCAAGAUCAAGUACAGUUCGGCAGAAAGACCAAGUUGAAACGAGUCAAAAAGCCGCAAACGCCUGUCGCAAAGGCAAGAAACAUUUACGACAUUCCCGGCGAUGAACCGCAUCCUCCGAGUGGUGCGGCGGUUGAGGCAGGAGAAGCAUACAGCGAGCUGCGGUCUAAUGUCGACGCCAAGGCCGAAAUGACGACUGCAACCAAUGCAACCAACGGCUUUAUACAACUCCAGGUCGCUGACCAAGUUGCCGUACCGCAAGAAACAUCUUCACCCAAGGAAGUGGAGGCUGUGCGAAAACCUGGCCAGUCGUCAAAUGAGACGCCUGAACCCGACCCUGAUGAGGAUACCAUAUUUCAAACGACUGAAAGUAGCAACGAUGAGAUUCGUCAUCGUCGUCCUGCCAAUAAGCACCAGACCGCCAGGAACAAGCAAAGGAAGAAGUUGAAGGCACGAUCAAAUAAUGUGUCUGCAAUCGAGCCAGACACACGAAGCAUCACACCACAACGUAGGCGCAGUGACAAGUUUGAUACGACACCGGCCGAAAGGGCACUAUCUACAUGCCGUCAUCUCAAUCAGCCUCCGGUAUUGAGGAAUAGUGGAGAGUUUACUAAGGAUGAAAUAGAAUUGAUUCGUCGAGCUAUUGCUGAUUACCAGCAGAGAAAAGGCUUGGAGGUAUCGGAGCUGGUCGACAUUAUACAUUGGAGCAAACAUGACCCAGGCCUCAAUCACGCAGACCGCUCGUGGCGAAAGAGCAACUGGUCUGUGCAAGACGAGGAGGAUGCACGAGAGAGCGAUGAAUUCUGGGCAGAUAUCAGAAACGUCAAUUUGACGCGUCCGUUUGACAUACAGAGGAACCACAUCCGUGCAGUCUAUCAUUGCUACAAAACCGGGGCUUGGAGCGAGGAAGAAGACGAACAACUACGGAUGUUGUACGACGCGCAUCCUAAGCAGUGGAAAGUCAUCUCGGUAACUAUGGGAACGCGCUCCAUGCAGGAUUGUCACAACCGAUGGCGCGACUACGUGAAAUGUGGCGAGACCCGGAACAAGUCUCACUGGAGUCAAGAGGAGGAACAUGUUCUCAUCCGCGCCGUCAACACGGUUGCCCAAAAAGACGAAGACGUGCGCGCAGCGACGGGCAAGCCGGCCAGAGAUGGAUACACCAACAAAGACAUCAACUGGCCACAGGUCAGCCACGAGAUGGGCAACAUUCGGAGUCGCAUUCAGGCUUCGGUCAAGUGGAACCGUAUGAUGAAGCGUGACAACCCACCUGAAAUUCAGGUAGAGUACAAGCCCAGGCAAUCGCAGCCACAGUCAGUUGUUACUGCUACUCGGAGAAAACGUGGACGGCCACGAAAGAGUCACGUUACAGAAACCAUGGUUGAGAAGUCGGAUGGAGAAGAACAGGGAGUAAGGGUUGCUAAGAAGCCUCGCAAAUGCAAGUCCCACAAGACACCAAAUGCGGAGCCUGGCGCAUAG